AAGUGUAAUAUCAGAUGUGCUUGAAAUCAAGAUACAUAUGUCCAAGGAAGAAUCUAUUUCAAUAAAUAAAGGAACAAAGCUCAAGUUAACUGGUGGAUUUGAAGUGAAACAGUUGACGACAUCCAUUGACGGCACCAGUCAAUUUCUUCGAACUCGGGCUAGCCAAUCGGAGCGCAGUUGUCACAGUAAAGGAUGUAAAGCAAAUGCCGCGCCUCCCAAAAUAAAUAUCAAAACGAAGGAAAUUUCAGCCAAUGAGACUCGUGUUAUGUGUACUUCAUUAAACAUAAGAUCAGAUCCAGUAAUACAUUUGUAUGAAAUACGAGGCAAAGAAUUGUACGUAACGACAGAACAAAGCAUUACAGGUACCGCAAAUUUUACAGUAAAAACGAACGUUACUGGCAAAGUAUUGACUAUAUUUUGUGGAGCAAGACCAAAUAAUGAAACAUAUACCGAAUUCAUAAUUUCUGAGCUCGUCAAAUUAAGGAGGUCUAACGUGAGCAUCAACCAACAAUCAACCAACAAAAAUCAAACCAUAAGUGGUACAACUAAUUCACCUGAAAAUAAUGAACAAUCUAAUGCUGAAAACAAUGAACAAUCUAUUAUUGGUGUCAUCGCAGGUGCUAGCAUAGGAUCUUUGUUAUUAAUUCUAGUAAUUAUAUUAUUUAUUUGCAAGAUUCGCUCGAAUGGACAAAUACCAGAUGCUUGCGCCCCCAAAGUGUAUUAUAAAACCGUUAAGUACUCAGGAAAUGGAACUCCGGACGCGCAAAUUGAUGGUGUUUCAAAACCUAAAGAGAAUUGCACUUCCGAGGUGCAUUACGCUGAAAUUUGUGUAUCAAAUUCGAUUACAGCAUCUUUACCUCCAAGAGACGAAACUACGUACGCAAAAAUUAUUGGUAUUUUGAAGCCUAAAGAGCGGAAAGUAUAAACGUAAAUACACCGUUCAGUAAAGUCUAAGAAAUAUAUAAAUAAAUAAAGGG